GGUGGAGUUGGUUGCAUUCAUCAACAAAUGGCCCAAGUUCGAGGAUCCUGCGAAAGUUUCUGUCCCGAUGGGGAGGCGAAAAUGCGUAUUCGCGAGAAGCUUUUGCACUACUUUGAGCUGAAGAAUGGCCAGAAGAACACGCCAGGUGUCCUGGUAAAGGAGUUUACGCGGUCCGCCGCCGAUGUCAAGAUGCCCCUGCCCAAGGAAAUGCGCACAGAAGCGUCAUUGACCAAAACUGUGGAAUAUCUGCUCAAGGACAUAAUCCUCGACACACGAAAGCCAUAUAACGUGGCUUACGACUUCAUAUUCGAUCGAUUGAGGGCGGUGCGUCGGGAGAUCGUGAUCCAGAUGUACGAUGCCCGUCAGAAGAUCUGCCUGUUAGAACCUAUUGUGAUGUUCCUGGCCUAUAGUCGAUAUCGCUUGUGUGAGGAGCCCAUAGAGAAGUUCGAUCCCAAGAUAUGCAAUCAGCACUUGCAAGAAUGCCUCACGGGAGUGCUUUGCUGUUACGAAGAACUGGAGGACUUGGAAUGUUCUAAAGAACGCAGCAUUCGUGAGAUUGAGCGGCGCUGCUUUAUAGAGAGCCUGUAUCAAGUGUUUAAUCUUGGUUCUCCCGAGUCCUUUACACGCGCCCUCACCUUACCGGAUUAUGUGCGUCAGGAUGCGACGUUUAAGUUAUGUUUUGGCAUCUGUUUGGCCUUUCAACAGGGCAAUUUGUUUAGAGUGCUCAUGGGUUUACCACAAUUGCCGCACAUUCUGUGCGCCGUAGCGGCCACCAAGUUGCAGGCGAUAAGGAGGAGCUUGCUGCUGAUUUUCACGCAUGCCUACAACAACAAACAGCUCACGGUGCCGGUUCCUUACUUGUUGCGUUUACUGUUGUUCGAUGGGCCGUCAGGACUUCAGGACCAAUGUCGGCAUUAUAAUAUAUCCUUAACAGCGGAUAGGAAGGCGGUGCAUUUUAAUAAGACUGAUUUUAACCACAAUGCAGAGAUAUUGAAACCCCAACAAGAACGCUAUGUGGAGUCGAAGCUGAAGCGUAUUUAUAUUCCGGAAGUUCUAUUGCUAAAGAAAUUUAACUAGGUAUUUAAGAGUACGCAAUUGUAAAUAGUUCAAAACAUUAGUGAAGCCAUGGAGAUU